CAAAAGUCGGCGUGGGUUUGGCGUGGGUCAUCGUUGUAAAAUUAUUAUUUCUGAAAAAAUAUAUUAAAUUUUACUGCUUGAAUUGAUUGAAAAUCUGCGCUGAAGACUAGUGUACAUUUCAAAAUUACAAUAUGGUAAAGAGUCCCUGAGUGAACUUCCAGAAGAGAAAUUUUGAUCAGAAUCCACCAUGUCGAUCCAACAGUUCUGCCUACGUUGGAACAACCACCAGCCCAACUUCAUCUCGGUAUUCACCACUCUGCUCAACACCGAGUCGCUGGUGGACGUCACCCUGGCCGCUGAGGGCCGGCACCUCCAAGCGCACAAGGUCGUCUUGUCGGCAUGCAGCGUCUACUUUCAGACGCUGUUCACGGAGAAUCCGUCGCGACACCCGAUCGUGAUCCUCAAGGACGUGAAAUACUCGGACCUGCGCAUCAUGGUCGACUUCAUGUACUAUGGGGAGGUCAACGUGUCACAGGAGCAACUGCCUCAGGUGCUAGAGACGGCCAAGAUGUUGAAGAUCAAGGGCCUGACGGAGAUGCCUGAGUCCACCUCGCUCACCCGCUCCCAGGGGUCUAUCUCAGAGUUCGUGUCGCACAAUGACGAAGACCAGCAGAGGCUGAGCUCGUCCCCUUGCAACUCACCAUCUGCUAAACGAAGGAAGUUCCGCCGCCUAUCCAACGGCAGCCAGCAGCCGGCGAUGGAGGCGGCGGGCUUGGAGCCGGCGCGGCAGGACGCCGUCACGCUCAGCAGCCUGCCGCAGCGCCGCUACCGCGACGAGCGCGCCGUCGACGCGCAACAACAGGUACAGACUGAAGAGACGCCGAACAACAUGCACAGCGACGACCCGCUGCUGAUGGAGACCAACCCGCCCGGCCUCUCCCAGGGAGGACAGUGGAAUAUGAUGGAGCACGCGUACCCGCGGUACUCGUGCGUAGGGGGCGGGGCGGCGGCGGGGGCGACAGCGGGGGCGGCGGGGGGCGCGGUGCAGGACGGCAUGGGCGGCUACAUGCUGAACCACAUGGGGCUGGAGCUGGGCGAGUACGGCGCCGUGCAGCCGUCGCCGGGCCCGUCGUGCGCGGACCCGCCGGCGCCCGACCCGCCCGCGCCCGCCAAGCGCCGCCGCACCUCCAACCCGCAGGCCGAGGAGAACUUCCAGCGCGCGCUCGAGGCCGUGCGCUUCGGCGGCAUCGGCUUCUGCAAGGCGGCGCGCAUGUUCGGCGUCAACAACCGCACGCUGUGGCUCGAGUACAAGAAGAAGGGCUACCCCAACAACCGGCCCAGCAUCAAGAGCCGCAUCAAGCGCGAGCACACCACGCCGCCGCCCGAGACCAAGGACGAGCAGCCGGCGGAGCAGCAGCUGUUGGUGUGUCCGCCGCACGCCGCGCACGCCGCGCACGCCGUGCCCGUCGUCGGCUUCAUCGACUCGCGCCCCGGCGACUACCCGCUGCACUCGCUCGCGCACCACUCGCCCAUCAACUUGCACCAGCUCAACUUCAACACGAUGCAAUAGAAUGAGGCCGCGGAGGGCGCCACCGUCGACGCGUACUCGUUGUGACCCGAGCAGUGGCCAGCCGACUGGCCGUGCGACGCGCUCGCGCCCUUCCCGCCCCAGAACACCUACGUCAACUGACCGCCCAGUGAUCUACACACGAGCAAUACAUGUGCGAUUCUGUCUCGAAUAAUGAACGAUUUGUAACUUAAUAUACGAUUAUAGUGUAACGUUUAUUACUCAGGGGCCUUUGUGUGAUGAUGCGAACAGUGUACAGAGUUAAACAGUUGGUUAUGUUGUAAAUGUGUAACUUGCCUUUGUGAGCUAAGCCUGCGGUGUUGACCUAUUGCUUAGUGUCCAUCGCAGAAUCACCGCAACUGAUGAACACCGGCCUAGUAUUAGUAGUAGAUAGAUGAAAUGGUUCAACAAGCUGGAAGGUACUCGCUCUACAGUAUAAGGAUCUUUAGAAUAUAGCAAUACAUUGAGCAAUAUGUUCAAUUUUAUUGAAUGAUAUAUUUGCCAUAAUUCACGUCUUAUUAGAUCUCAAAUAGUGACGUAAGCUUGAGUCGGUUUAGUUGCUCGGUCUUGUCAUGCACAAUGUUUAGUUUGAUGCAUUAGAUGAUUGUGAUAACUCAAUAUUAUUCGUUAAGUGUUUAUCUUACACACAUCCCUAGUUUUAUAUUACCGUAGGAUUACGAUUUUUUAGCAGCUUUUGUACUUGAGUUUUACAAAUGAAAGAAAUCAUGCAUUGUUCAAGCGAAUCUACCUCUAAAAGUAUUUUUGUUCCGGCGAUUGCUUGGAGCAUGGUUAAUAUCGUUCAAAAACAUUAGAAUAUAUACCAAAGCUUAUCUAUCGUUUUUGAAUAAGUUUUGAUUACCUACAAAUAUUGCAUUUAUGUACUAAAUGCUGCCUUAAAAGAACGCCAGUGAAUAAUCUAACUUAGAGGUGCCCCGAAAUACUUAAUUAAAGUAUAGUAAAGUUAAUAAAAGUUGGAUGAAUGUGUAGUUUUAGAACCAAGUCCUUAGACUUACCGCCUUUUCAUAUAUUAGCAGUAUUUUACUUUAUGCAUUUAUUUUUUACCGUAAUUAUUAAUACUAGCUUUACUUAUUAAUGUGUUAUGGAAACAAUACCAUAUCAUUUUAAUGCGAUGUUAGCUUGUAAAUAGUAUUUUAAAAUGGUAAUACAGCCACUAUUCGUAUACCAUAUCAUGCUAGCUAUAAUACAGUUUGCAUUAUAAUAUUUAUAGUAUAUUGUAAAAUUGUUAGCAAUGUUGAAGAAAAGCAAUAAGUGUCCCUUUUUUGGUAUAGACAUUAUGGUGAGAUAUCUGAUUUGAAAAAUAAUCUAAGUCAAUAACCGCAUUUUAAUACAUAUUCUAAUAAUAACGAUUAAUCGAGGCGGCAGUGUAAAUACUCUAGGUGACUCGCAAUAUACUCAAGUCCAACAUAUCUCAGUGUGGAAAUAUGCCAACAAGCCAGUGUUAAUAUAGUAAUACUUACUUAUUUAAAUAACUUCAAGUAAAAAGUACUAACUAGUGUGACAGUGCUAGAAACUUUUAAAUAUUUAUUUUUAUACAAUAUAUAACGAAUGUACUAAAUGCUGUAAUAGAUGUCUGGUAUUUUAUGUGUACAUGUUGUGUAUACAUAUUGAAAGUAUUUUAUGAUUAAAAUUAAAUGAAAUAAAAAUCGAAUGAAAUUAAGAAUUAUACGAUUGCUUAAUUUAUGCCAUGAUUAACAGUAAGAUUCUAUAAUUAUGAUAUAUUUUAGUUACUUUUUUUAAUUACUGACUAUAGCCAUUAGUGAAGACAAGUUUGAUCAUUACUUUUUCUUGCGUGAUUUCGUCACAUAAGUACUAGUAUUUUUUUAAAGGGUAAUAUUAUUUUUUAUGAACUGUUGGAAUUAUAUGAAACACUAAAUAUAGCACCGCCUCUUAUUGGUAGCGAUUCUGAAGGCGCACAUUUUUAUUUUGGAACUGUAAAAUUUGGAACAUUUACGCAGCCAAUCAUAAAGUUUACAAAAUAACAAUGAAGUACGUUGCUCAAUAUAAAAAUGGUGCCUUUAGAUGCGAGACCAUUAUUAUCGGCUAACAUACAAUGCUAGCUUAUUCCUAUGUUUACAAUUAGAUUUUAUUUUUCAUUUUAAUAUCUAGACCACAAUAAGAGAUCUCGUUUUAUAAUUUAGCAUACUUACUCGAUAAUAUUUUCUAAGCAACUUUUAUUAUCAUUUACUUUUUGUAUUUUAGAGAUGUAAGAUUGCAUUUUUUUGUAAUAAGUUCUUCAGUAAUUUAGCAGUCUGAUGAAAAAUUUCACAAGUGAUAUCUCAGAUGUGUAGAACCGAAACAAGCAAUACAAACGUUUUUAUGGGAGUGAUCCCCAAAAAUUAUAAGUAAAUGCCUUUAUACAAGUAAUAAUUUACAUAAAUUGGUUGUGUGUAUGGAAGCGAUUCAACUCAGUUUUUCUAUUUUACGAAUAAUUUCAAUUCAGUAGUUUAUAAUUCCUCUUCUUUUUACACCUUAUACAACUAAUUAUAUAUUUUUUACAUUUGUAUUAAUCCGCAAUACUGCAUAAUUAUGUGCUGCUAAAAAACUCAAGUCUUUCUGGCUUCAUUUCGAGACUUGAGUCCUUUUUUUGGACUCUUAUGUAAAAAAUAAUAACUGAAAGACGAGUCUUUGAAAGUAUCUCUUGAUUCAGUCCUCUAAAUCCAUCGAGUUUUUCAUUUUCUUAUUCAAUCUUGACUCUUUUCUACCUACCUCUCCGCCUUGAGGACUCUAACGACUCAGUCUUUUGAGUCUAAUGACUCGGAACUCAUAUGACUAACGAGUCCUAGUCCCAAUUUUUUUUCAUUAUUUUAUUCAAUUCAUUCACUAUUUAAUUCUAAUUCCAAACAUAACACAAUAUUGCAGUCAAAUACAGUGUUCUCAAUCAACUUGUUACUUCCCAUUUUGUAAAUAGUUGUAAAUAAUUAUGUAAUAAUUAGUAUUUCACGCAUAACUUUUAUUUACAUUUCAUGGACUGAUAGUACGAUCGACCUUAAAGGGAGCUCAGAUUAGAACGAGGAAAGCUAGUAUAAUGUUGUUUAUGUAAAACUAUCUAAUAGAUUUUAAGAAUCUGUAUAAAACUGUCAUUGGUUUUUUUUUUCAAUCAUACCAUGCACACAUUCACUAUAAAAGCAAUUCAUUCUUUUUAUAUAACUGCCUAUUUUAUGAAUCUGAGAACUUACGUGCUAUGAUUUGAUAACCGAUGGACUUUCUGUAAUACCAAGUUACCAACAUAACAGCAAUAAUAUUUUAUAUAACUGAUUAAUUUUCCUAAGUCAUAGAAUGUCCUUGAUACUAUGAUUUUAGAACCAACCAACAAAAUGCGUGAUAUUUUGAUUCAUAAAGUAAUUUAAAUCGUAUUUUUUAGAUAAGUGAAUCAUGAAUUUUACCUAAUGUUAGUGUGAAAAGUGUAAAUGCAAACAAUAUAAUGAUAUUGCGCAUUAUAUUCAGUGUAGGUAAUUUGCCUUUAACCUGCUUACCUAAUGUUUUCUUAAAGAAAGAUCUGCGACGGUUGCGUGUAAAUAGUAUAUAGACUAGGUUUACCCAUAUUUUUUAAAUCAACCUAUUACCCUCUCUUUAUCCCUGCUUUGUGAGACAAGGAUGUGGGUUGCUAUGGUGAAGGCCAGUUAAUCUUUUGAUAUUCGUUUUAUUUUGUACUCACUUCGAAACAGGAAGAGAUAUGGUUUUGGUUUGUAAUAUCGAUGUGUCCUUUGUUACCUUAAGGUUCCUCCACACAACGGGGCUUAAAAUUGACUCAGUACAUAUUGUAUGGAAUUCCAUAUAAAUGACAUCUCAAAAUAGUAUUAAUACACCCGGUAGCACGCUUGCGUCACGCCUAGCCUGUUGUCUGGUGGGACCUUUUUGUGGCAUUUCCUUUUUUGACUCAUUCUUCUAAAAGAGUAACCACAUUAUGUCCGGACUAUAAGCGAAGUCGCUCCAAUGUAUAUUAAACUAUCACAUUAUACCGGGAUUAUCCCUCUUAUGUAUUGUCGUAUCAAAUACUUAAGAGUGACUUACCCCGACGACCAGACGCUGAGGUCCGACGUAAUGUACGCGAAGGUGCGUCCACACCGCAGUCACUUUUCGACCAGCUAAGUUUCUGAAAUGUUACUGACCAAGAUAUAAGAUAAAAAAAAUAAAAUCAUAGGGAGAAGUUAUAGAUUGUUACCUGUUAUCUUGUUGCUUGGUGUUGUUCAGAAAAAAACAGCCCUGUGGAUGCACCAUAAAUACGUCUCAAAGGAAGAUUGUGACGAAACAAGAAAUUAUGUCUAAUACAAAAUAUAGGCAUCAAAAAAUGUGUCCAAUGGUAAGCGAUCUUUAUAAUUUUAUUCGAAUUUUAGUUGUAAGUUAAAAGUUUGUAACUUCCUAGAGAAGUUUAGAGAUUGAAUGAAUAUACGAUUAUAUAAAAACUGCAA